UCUCCUGACCCGGAACCCGAUCCAUCCGAGCCGCGCCGAGAACGCUGCCCUCGCUGCAGCUCACGCGACACAAAGUUCUGUUACUAUAACAACUACAACACUUCCCAACCCCGUCACUUCUGCAAAUCCUGCCGUCGCUAUUGGACCCUUGGUGGAUCUCUCCGUAACGUCCCCAUCGGAGGCUCAUCUCGUAAGCGCCUCCGCCCCGCCGCCGCGCCUCCUCCUGCACAGCCCCUCUCAGCCGUCCCUCCGCCGCCGUCGGUCGAGGUCGGAUUCUCGCCGCUGCCGAUUGGGUUCCCGCCGGGCCUGGGCGAGGGGAUAAUGGAUAAGCGGAUCGGGUUUGAUCUUGGCCUUGGACUUGGUAUUGGUCCCGGGCCGCUGCUUUGGCCUUUAUCUUUGUUUGAGGAGGACGUCGUGGGGGACACAUGGCGGAUAGAUAGUGGAGGUGAGACAUUCGGUGCAACUACGGCGGUGUGGAAGGAUGUGGGAUUUUCAGCGCCGAUGGAGGGUGGCGCCGGCGGUGUCGGUGCGCCGGAGAGGAAAGUUCAUUAGUUAGUGGCGUUUUCGUGGAUAUGUGGAAGUUUUGGUGCCUUCUCCAGUUUUGGGUUUAUGUUUAUGGCUGGGUGUUUCUCAGGAACAGAUUACCGCAGGACACUUGUUUUCUAUUUGGCUCUUCUCUUCUCCAAUCUCGUGAAU